GCGGACUAUUGUCUGUAAAUAAUGCAUUCAUGUCUUUGGUCACGUAUCAAAAACAUUUUGAUAUUUUGUGUAACAAAGCAGUUUCAUUUGAGGUUUGCCAGACAAUGGUUAUUUGUUUCGUACGUGUGUGGUUCAGAACGUUGAAUAGAUCAAAUUUGAAUUUAUUUAACAUAAGACUGUGCUAACGUUAGGUUAGUAUUAUCAUUUUAAAAUGUGGUGUCUGGUCAGUCAACCAAAUUCUGUGAUAUUGGAAGUUGAAGUUGAUCCGAGAGCCAAGGGUCAAGAAUGUUUGGAGAAGGUGUGCCAGUGCCUGGGCGUCGGCCACGAGGCGGACUACUUCGGCCUCAAGUACCACAGCGCGAAGGGCGAGGAGCUCUGGCUGAACCUGCGCAACCCCCUGGAGCGGCAGGUGGCGGGCGCCCCGCCCCACCGCCUGGCACUCCGCGUCAAGUUCUGGGUGCCGCCCCACCUGCUGCUGCAGGAGACCACUCGGCACCAGUUCUACCUGCACGCCCGCCUGGACCUGCUGGAGGGGCGGCUGAAGGCCCCCGGGUGGGGGCUGGCGGCCCGGCUGGCCGCGCUGGUGGCGCAGGCUGACUGCGGGGACUACCAGCCCCUGUCCCCUCCGCCCAGCGCCUGCGACCUGGCCGUGCAGGACGGGGAGCCCAGGCCCGCUGACUUCCCGCUCCUGGUGGCCGCCCAGCUGGCCGCCGUCAAGGGCAUGAAGGCGUCGACGGCGGAGUACUGGCUGCUCAAGGAGGUGUCCUACAUGGAGGACUUUGGGCAGGAGGUGUUCCAGAACAGGGCUGGAGGCGAGGCGGGCAGCCCCGGCCUGGGAGUCGGCCCCCACGGGGUCGUGCUGUACCACGCCGACCACGCCAAGCAGAGCAGCAUCGCGUACACUGCGAUCCAGAGCGCGGCCUCGUGCCGGCGCAUGUUCCACCUGGUGUACCUGGAGUCUGACGGGGAGGAGCGGGUGUUCAGCCUGAAGCUGGACACGUGCCAGGCUGCGAGCGGCCUGUACCGCGCCAUCACGGAGAAGCACGCCUUCUACAGCUGCGAGACCGUGCGCAGCGCCGUCACCACUCAGUUCAUACGCGAUCUCAAGGGCACCAUCGUGUCCAUAUUCAACGAGGACACGUCCCUGGGCAAGAAGUACGUGUUCGACAUCCGGCGCACGUGCCGCGAGGUGUACGACAACGCAAGGCGCGCCCUGUACCAGCCGGUUAGCGCACCCUUCCCCCCUGCAGAGGCGUUGGGCUCGUCGCCAGAGACCCCCGAGUGCGGCCGUUGCGCUGACGACCAGUGCCAGUCGAAGCAGAAGUUGUCGAGCUUCGUGGAGGCGAUGUCCUGCCGCAUCUGCAUGGACCGUGUGAUCGACACGGCGUUCUUCCCGUGCGCGCACAUGAUGACGUGCAGCGACUGCGCAGCCCGCUGCGAGCGGUGCCCCCUGUGCCGCGCCCACAUCGACCACUCCUGCCGCAUAUUCCUGCCGAUCGAGGUGCUGAGCUGCGAGGACGGGCCCUGUGCUGCCAAGUAGGAAGUGCCCAUGCAAAGACUGAUAUUUUGAAGAGUAAGAACAGAGUGUAGAAGUGAAAGAUGGUCAUUUGAAAUGUGGAUGGACUAUACUAGUGUUGGAACACUUCUGUGGAAGUUAAUGACACUGAUUGUGUUUAUGGCACAGAAUGUUACGUUGUUUGCGUAAUGAAUUAGUACCUCAGUUUGAUGAGAAAGCAAUGCUUAGGUCGAUCAAUGCAAUUAAUUAAGUAGGUAUUAUGAAGUAGCUAUUUUAGCGUGUGUGUUUUCUGUAUGGAAAUGUGUAAUGAUUUGUACUUCUUGUAGUAACACAAAUCUGUCAACAAAAUAUUGGUUUUGUAUACUGAGUGGUAGUCCUUAUUUGGUAAUUUGUGGAAGCACUGAAUGUCUUUCUAUUAUUACAAAUUAUGUAAUUUGAAAUGAUGGUUCACAAUUUUGUGUUUUUGAAGGGGAAAAAAUAGUCUAUUUAAUGCUCAGAAUAAUAAUUGUUCAUUAUAAUAAGUCAUACCUAUCUUCUUACCGUUUAGUAAAAUAGAAUUAAUGUGUCAAACAUUGUUUUUUAAACAGUAUGUGUGUGGUAGAUGUACAGAGUAUUUGGUGCAUUCAUCUAGCCAGUCUCAUUUUAGUACUAUACACCCAUUUCGUAUUUGGUUAUAUGUGUAAUUUGUGUUUUUGUGUAAAAAUUUUAAGAGUAAAACAUUUUUAACAUAUAGUAUUUGAUUAUUUUUAGACUGAUGACUGUAAAAUUCUGAAUAGUAAGUUAUUUUUUAAUUGAAAUUACUUAAAGUAUUACUCUUGCGGUUUUAUGGGGUAAUUUAAAAUUUUAAAGAUAAUACAUAAUAAUUUACAUGUUAUUGUUUGCCAUCCCUAUUGCCCUAGUCUUGUGAAUGGAAUAUUGUGUGUGCCAUGUGUUUGCCAAGAACUUGUAACUGCAUACUGUGUUAUGGUAGCACAUCAAGUGUUCUAUGUGUCUUACUGAGUGAUUAAUAGUUUGUUUCUAUAAGUUGUACAUUAUAAAAAAAGUUCUAUACCUGAAUAAAGUUUGUUAAAUUACAA